CGUGCGGAUAUCGAUCUCUCACAAAAUUGUUAAUGAUGACAUGGGGAAAACUAGAUAUACCGUUUUUCUAGUGUACAUUCAUGCUAUUGAUUCGUGGUGUAUAAGCAAUACAUUUUUGAGGCUUCACUACCCCUCUUGAGGGAGUUCAUGUUGAAUAUACUCUGUCCCCUACCCUAUCUACGUCGUACAGGUGUAAGGAAAAAAAAGAGGAAAAGAGAAAAGAAAUAGCAGAGUUGCGGAGUCGCUGUGGUACCCACACGAACUUCUCAACCUGGUAGUGAUUCAAUUACCAUUAGUCUAUCUUUCAUUCGGUGUAACGUCUGUCUCGUCCAUUCUGUGUUUGAUUAAUUAAACAACGGAAGCUAAAUAUUGCAAUGGAUUUAAAGGAAGAAAACGAAAGUGCAAACGAAAAUAGUAGGCAACUAUUUUUGGUGGGUGCACCGCGUGAUCCUUUAGUAUCCACUGGAGCGAUCGUCGCUUCCGCUGGAGCACCAGACGAGAUCAACCCCGGAGGAGAUCUACAGUCGACUGCUCUGGCUGGUCUGAUAGGCGCUCAAUCUUCCUCAGUUUGCUUUCCUACAAAAUUCUCGUAUGACUUUUCACCAAGUCCGGGAAGCGAGGAUAGACAAUCAACUGGAGUUGGAAAAAGGAAACAGCGGAGAUACCGCACCACAUUUACAAACUUUCAAUUAGAAGAAUUAGAAAGAGCGUUUCAGAAGACACAUUAUCCUGAUGUAUUUUUUAGAGAAGAGCUUGCUCUACGUAUCCAAUUGACAGAAGCAAGGGUACAGGUAUGGUUUCAAAACAGAAGAGCAAAGUGGCGAAAACAAGAAAAACAAUGUAAAGUAACCACUCACUUGACCUCGCAUAUGCCACCUUCUGAAUGUCAAGAAGUACAACAACAACAGCAACAGCAGCCACAAUCAGAUCAUUUGUUACUGGAACCACCGUUGGGUAGCCCACCACCUAUAUAUCUUGGCAUGGAAUGGGCAGGAUUUUCACCAUAUAGUAACACAGCCACUACAUCACCUCUUGUGGUUAAUAGUAUGAAUAAGCCAUUAGAAUCAGAGGCAGAUGACAAUCCUUUGCUGGAUCCAGAACUGUUACAACUAAAAACUCCACGUUCCUAAUAGUACCAAUCCAAAUCUAUGCUGUAGUGGAACUGAUUAAUAACAUUCCUUAUAUUAUGUAACGUUUUUAAAGAGCAAAGUGUCUGAUGCAAACAAUUCUUUGCAAUGUCACUUAAAUCUCACCAUGUAUCGUGCAAUAUAUGGCCAUCAAAAGUGUCAUGUACGUUACUACCAGUUUUAACUGGUAUGUUAUAAUUUCAAGAUGAGGGACCAGAGACUUAUUAUAAGAAACGAUAUAAAAAUUAAAAUUCAAAUAUGCUUGGAAUAUU